AUGUCACAUCAUCACUUCAUUCCGUUCAACUCCGCUGCGCUUCUGCUAUCUCCGAACCGAAUCUCGGCUUGCUGCACCCUCUCUCUGCCUCGUGAAUCUGCCAUCGCUCUAUCGCUCGGGUGCGAUUGCAGCCCGUCCGCCCAUGUUCGCUCCAUCAGCUACCGCCGCUUCUAGCGCCUCGCUGUUGGCCUCCUCGAUACAAGCUCAGGGCUUAACGCGCUUGCCGUCGUCGCGGGCAGUUCGAGCAAGAACGCUGCGCCUAGUCGGCUCUCCGCUGCAGCGGCGACUGCACUCGAAUCCGCGCAUCCCGCCGGAGAGCAAGUCCGCCCACCGCCACCAGCUGCAGGCUCGCUCCGAGGCGCCAGAACCCCUGAUCCGCGCGCUCGGGCGCUUUUUUACCGCGUGCGGCGCAGCAGCGGCUGGGGCGGGCAUGGAGAACGCGUGGGCGAGCGAAGGGCGGCCGGCGGUGGCGGUGGUAACCGGGGCGAAUAAAGGAAUCGGAUUCUACAUCGCACGGGGCUUGGCCGGUCAAGGUCUGGCUACAGUGCUAACUGCCCGCGACCCGGGGCUGGGGCAGGAAGCUGCGAAGAAGCUUCAGGGGGAGGGGCUUCAGGGGGUGGAGUUUCAUCAGCUGGAUAUCAGCGACCAAUCAUCGAUCGACAGCUUUGCAUGCUGGCUCAAGGACGCGCAUGGAGGCUUGGACGUGCUGGUAAACAAUGCCGGGAUGGCUUAUAAGGGGGACACGUUCGGAGCAGAGGAGGCGGCAAAGACCAUUGCGACUAACUACAGUGGCACUCGAGCCGUGUGCGAAGCCCUGCUGCCUCUGCUCCGACCCUCCAAGGCGGGAGCGCGCAUUGUGAAUGUGGGCUCGAGUGCAGGCAAGCUGCGAAUUGUCUCUCCGGCGCUUAAGGCCCGCUUCACCAGCCCAACCCUCACAGUUACUGACCUGGACGGCCUGGCAGCGGAGUUUAUAAAGGGGAUAAAGGAGGGCACUUAUAAGGGAGCGGGGUGGCCCGAGUCCAUGUAUGGCGUGUCGAAGCUCCUGGAGAACGCAUACACGCGGGUGCUGGCGAGGCAGCUGGAGGGACGACCGGAUGGUGAAAAGGUGUUGGUGAGUGCGUGCUGCCCAGGAUGGUGUGCCACGGACAUGUCGUCAUGGCGCGGCCGCAAGACAGCAGAGGAGGGCGCAGACACUCCCAUCUACCUCUCUCUUGUGCCGCCCGGGAAAGCCGCUACGGGCCAGUUUUAUGCUGACCGGAAGACUGAGGACUUUUGAGGGGUUUGUAGUACCGUAGUACCGUAACUUGUAGUUUUGUAGGGCAGCUCUUGAUGCCAGGAGAGACAGUGGGUGACACGAGUCUAGCCACUGUAGCUACGCACCUAUAGGAUGGAUUGAAGCGUUUUGUAAGCCUCUGUUAGGAUGCAGAGAGUUUUAUUUCACUGCAACAGGUUGUUUGU